GAGGAGCAUCACCACACUGCAGCCACUUUGAAUCUCAGCAUCCAGCCAAGAGUUUUUACAUUUUCCAAGAUGGUGAAUUACACAAGUGCCCCAGCUGACGUGGAGUCGGGUCUGGAGGAGAGGACGGUGGUCCUGGUGGAGAAGUCGUCGUCCACAGGGUGGAUGUGUAAAGUGAUGGGGGGCCUUUUCAUCGCGGUCCUUUGUUUAGGAGGCGUUCUGUUGUUUUCUACUUACUGGAACAGAUCUGAAGUCAUGAAGGAAUCAGGCCAAACAGCAACUCUGACCAAGAUGGACAGGGAUGAGAACAAAACAGAUCACCACCAAACACUAAAGCAGAUCAGCAGCAGAGCCAAGGCAGCCAUCCAUUUAGAAGGUAGCCAACAGGCAUCGACCAAGAAUUCCAAAGCGAAGCUGGUGUGGGAGAGCGGCACAGGCUCAGCGUUCGCUCAGGGCGGCUUCGAACUGGUGAACAACCAGAUCAUCAUCCCAGAAACCGGCCUCUACUUCGUCUACAGCCAGGCGUCGUUCAGAGUCUCCUGCAGGGACGGCGACGCCGAGGGCAAGGAUGGAGAGGCGAAACUCACAUCUGUCAGCCACAGGAUUUGGCGUUACGCUGAUUCCGAGGGCGACAACGUGUCCCUGAUGAGUGCGGUGAGGUCGGCGUGCCAGAUCGCCCCGACUCAGGUCGCCCAGACUCAGGAUUACGCCGUCCAAGACGGACAGGGCUGGUACAACGCCAUCUACCUGGGCGCAGUGUUCCAGCUGAACAGAGGAGACAAACUGUGGACGGAGACCAACAUGUUCACGGAGCUGGAGACCGAGGGCGGCAAAACCUUCUUUGGUGUGUUUGCACUUUAAAAUGACUCCACAGACUUUAUUACUAUUCAUCUUCAUGGUGAUGUAGAAACGUCGAAAUCUCAAUUGAGAUCAAACUUAUUUAAGAUUUUUUUUUAAAAUCCCUAUGAACUGUAACAGUUUGAAACCUUAUUUGUAUUUCAGGCACUUUUUUUUCUAUGUUAUUUAUGUUGACCUGAGAUUGUAGUCGACCAGACGUCCUGCAGGGGACGACACUGCAGAGUUAGGGUUCAAGGCUCAUGAGGAUUACGCUCCUGACAAUAAUAUCUAUUACGAUCUGUAUUUAUUGAUAUUUAUUUAUAUAUUUAAA